AUGGCUUUGAAUUCAUCUUUCGAGACGUCGACUUUCUUCAUAGAUAAACAGUUUUGGGAUUAUUUCGAUGGCUCUUCAUCACUAAAUGUGACGUUUGAAGAUAUUCUGCCGCGUGAUCAGGGGGUGGUGAUCAUGACGUAUGGGAUCUUGAUGGCUAUAGGUGGGCUGGGCAACCUGGCUGUGCUGGUGACGCUGGCUAGGUCUAGACGUAGGAAAUCUAGAGUAGAUCUGCUGAUGACACAUCUGGCGGUCGCUGAUGUUUGCGUGACUUGCGGUGUUAUACCUUUGGAGAUUGGCUGGAAGUACACUAACGCUUGGUUGGCGGGAAACCUGCUAUGCAAGGUGUUCCUCGUGAUGAGAGCGUUUGGCCUAUAUUUAUCGUCAAACGUGCUCGUUUGCAUUUCGUUAGACAGAUACUUCGCGGUGGUGUAUCCUUUACGACUAUCAGAAGCGCGGAAACGAAGCAAGCAAAUGCUUUACUGCGCCUGGGCAGUGGCUCUCGCGUGCAGCUUACCACAGAGCCUGGUAUUUCGAGUGAAGCGACACCCGUACGUGGCUGGCUUUGAGCAGUGCGUUUCCUUUGACGCGUUCGCGAGCGCUCGUUUGGAGAUAGCGUAUAACGUGUUCUGCGCGUGCGCAAUGUACUUUGUCCCAUUGCUUGUGAUCACCGCGUGCUACGUGCGCAUCUUCUGCGAGAUACAGGCCAGCAGCAAGGAGCUCUCUGAUAAACAAGAGCACACGAAUGGUAUAGGCCACGUGCGCCUGCGCCGCUCGGACCGCCGCGUGCUGGAGCGCGCCCGCCAGCGCACGCUGCGCAUGACUCUCAUCAUUGUAUUCGUGUUUGCAUUCUGCUGGCUUCCUUACGCUACUAUGGCUAUGUGGUACAUGGUGGACCGCGACUCCGCCUCCCGGGUCCCCGGACAGGUGCAGGACCUCCUGUUCGCGAUGGCCGUCUCCAACUCCUGCAUGAACCCGCUGGUGUACGGCACCUAUACUCUCCGGUUGAACGGCACCCUCCAGCGGCUUAUGAAGACCCUGUGCUGCAUGAGCGGCACUGCUUCUGACACUAUGGGCACGUCAAGGUCGAGUUCAUCAAGAAAUAAAAAGAUGGACACACAACCAUUAACGACAAUGAAGAACGAUGGUGUAAAGAAGCAGCUAGGCGUCCGUUUCGCGGAGACAUCACUGAGCGCGGUGGGGGAGCGCGCAGAGGCCGUGGCUUGGUGCCGCGCGCCCGCCUGACACCCGCCCGCGCGGCUGCACUGCGCGAGACACGAGCGCUGCCGCGUGCUGCACGAGUACUACAAGGCGAGGAGUACACAUGUGUAGCGUGACGGGUGUCGCGA